AUGAAUUGGCCAUUCCGCUUUCACCAUAACGAGUCCGGGUCGUUUCGCCAUGGCAGAUUGUUCGUUUACCUGGCAUUAACAGCUAGCUUCCUACUUCUUUCCUACCAGUUCGUUCUAAACCGCGAGUCUCUGAGUUCAGUCUCACGGGUCGUGGGACAUAGUCUCUUGGGGCAUGGACACGAAGGGAUUGAGAAGGAAUUGGUAUUUGCUGCUAUGCUUAAAAGCGACAUGUCUUGGGUUGACGACAACCUGCCUGGCUGGAGAACGAAUAUAUAUCGUGCUGAUUUGGCUGCUGCUGAAGAAACUGAGGCCAAUCUGACGGUCCCAAUGAACAAAGGGAAUGAGGCGAUGGUCUUUCUCACUUACUUAAUCGAUCGUUACUCCACGCUACCAGAUGUAGUGAUCUUCCUCCAUGGUGGUCGUUACCAAUGGCACAACGACAACCCACUAUAUGAUUCCCUCAUUUCAAUCAAAGAUCUACAUCUCAAUUUCGUCCGCGAGGCAGGUUACGUAAACCUACGCUGCACCUGGCCAAUAGGUUGUCCUUCAGAGCUCGAACCAGGUAGAUACUUGCGCGAUCGCCCUGAUGAUCCACAACAUCCAACGGCUGUGCAGUAUCCUGAUAGUUUCAUGGCAUUAUUCCCCGGUGAGGAGGUCCCUGAGGUCGUGGGCACGCCGUGUUGUAGCCAAUUCGCCGUCUCGAGGGAUCAAGUGCAUCGACGAGAGAGAAAGGAGUAUGAACAUGCUCGACAGUGGUUGCUUGAUUCAGAACUGGAUUCAGCUACCAGUGGACGCAUUAUGGAGUAUGCCUGGCAUAUUUUGUUUGGAAAACCACCGCAGCACUGUCCUAAUGCGACGGAAUGCUAUUGUAAAACGUAUGGGUACUGCAAUAUGAACGAGGAAGAUUUGCGCCAACAGUGGGUUUGGCGUGGUACGAAUAUUGAUAAAUGGAUGGUCGAAUCUAGGAACAAAACGGCUUAA